CCCCCAAAAAUGCGUUCGUCAGUAGCAUCUCCAUCAUCAGUCGUCCUGGUCUGCGACGCUGCAGAGUUCGCAAAAGAGUAUGGAACUCAAGGAGGCGCAGUAUUUUUCGAAAGAUUUCGAGUGGGAGAAGCUCAGAGAAGAAAUCGAAAAUGAUAUUUCUCUUCGUUACCAUCUAGAAUCCCCUCCAUCAUCAUCAUCUUUUUCUCUUUCAAAAGAUUCUGAGGCAUGGCAAAAUUUCCACAGUCGUCACUACUCUGGAAGGUUCUUCAAGGAAAGGAGGUAUUUAUUGAAAGAAUUUCCAGAAUUACUUGAUUGUGAUGAAAAUUCUAAGGUUUUGGAGAUUGGAUGUGGGAAUGGUAGCACUGUUCUGCCCAUUUUACGUGGCAAACACAGCACCAUUGUAUAUGCUUGUGAUUGUAGCAUGGAGGCUCUUGAUAGAGCGAAGGAAAUAAUAGAAACAGCUGAUGGGGUCUCAGCCAAGCAUCGGUUUUGUCCAUUUGUCUGUGACUUUUCUGUGAAUAAAUUUCCAAAUUGGCUGAUUUGUAAUACCUGUCGUAGAAUAUCUAUGAAACAGCUGGUGGUUUGUGAAACAGAUGUUAAAGAUGACAAAGAUACAGAUUUAGGUGCAUCAACCGCCUUGAAGGAAGCCCAAUGUUGUGUAGGUGGGGUUAAUUUUGUUACCUUGAUGUUCACAUUAUCAGCUGUACCAUCUGAAAAGAUGCCACCAGCAAUUGCAGAAUGCCUUGCUGUUCUAAGGCCUGGUGGCGUGCUCCUAUUCAGAGAUUAUGGUCUUUAUGACAUGACAAUGCUUCGAUUUCCAGCAAACCAAAGAAUAGGAUUAAGGGAGUACGUGCGAUCUGAUGGAACACGUUCUUACCUCUUCUGCCUUGAAACAGUGAGGGAGCUUUUUGUUGCUGCAGGUUUUAUUGAGCUUGAGCUUGAUUACUGUUGCAUCAACUCAGUGAACCGUCGAAAUGGGAAGAGCAUGCGGAGAGUUUGGGUUCAUGGAAAGUUUCAAAAGCCCAUUUGAUACGUAACACAUUGAGGUGCAUUUACAUGGAAAACGGGAGAACAAUAUUUAGUUUUUGUUGUAGCUUUAGUUUUUCUUUUUUAAUUACAUAAAAAUAUUACACGUGUAAUGUUUAAGGACAACUGAGAUUUUCUAGUUUAGAAGUUAUGAUCUUGAUUGAAGUAGAAAAUCAUGAGUACGGCACCAAAAUUCUGUAAUGUUCUACCCAGCAAGUCAGAUAUUCUGGGACGUUUGAGAACUAGAAGUCUAAUUUCUUUUUUACAGUCCCAACCAUAACAAAAAUGUAUUUUUGUAAACCACAUUGUACCUAAAGCAUUCAGGUUAGUAGAUAAAUGUAUUUCUUUCUCGUUUCUUUUUGUUCUUCUUUACAUUGAAAAGUUUUUCCUGCUUAAUGAACCAAAGCAAGUAAUUUAG